AUGUUGCUUCAUUUCAUAUUGUUUCUUAUACCAGUAACUGCGAUUUCAUUAAGCAAUUUAAAAUCAAACUGUAGCUGUCAACCAUCAUCAUCAUGUUCAUCAUCAGUACUUUGUUCCAACAGGUCAUCAUCUGAUAGUGUCGAUCAAAGGAUUGAUAAAAAAAUCAGACUUGGCAAAUUAAAAUUGAAGAAACAAAUUUCAAAUGAAGAAGUAUCGAUAGCAUACGUGGAAGGUCAUACGCGACCGCGUAUUUUAAAGCGUUCCACAAUGAAAGGCUCACCGGAGGAUGAUUUAGACUUGAUAACACUGCCACAAGAAGAUGUCGCAAUGAACCAAAUAACACGCCAAGGAAUUUCUGCUAAACAUAUCAUUGAUAAGAAUCAGUCAAAAUUAUCGAAAAUAAUUAAAAAUCGUUCCGAGACCAAAAUGGACAAUAAAUGUAACAGUGAGGAAUUAAGAAAACUUAUGCUCGAGAACAUUAGUGAGAAUUCAUCAGCUUCGAAACGUGCUAUAAAUGAUCGAGCAGAAGCCAAAUUUGCUGGCAGUAUUGAUGUGAUUUGCUCGAAAGGUCAUUUCUCCUAUGUGUACAGUUCUAAUUUGUAUUGCGAAGCUAUGAAAGGUAAUGUGACCUGUAUCGCAUUUCGACAAUCACGUUGA